ACUUAUACUAGAGCCUGUUUGAGAUCAGAGCACUGUGCUGAACCGGGUCAUACUCGGUCCGGACGUCACUCAAAGCCGUCUGUUUGCUAGAGAAACCAUCUACACGUCGCCAUGGCUCUUCGCGGUUGUGUGAUUCUGCUCUUCGUUUUGCUAAGUGGUUCUGUUAAUGCGGAUGACACUGCAACAACCUUAGCACCUGGGAUGCAAGAGUCAAGUACUAGCCAAAUCCCAACAGUCACACAGACGGGUUCUCCAUCCAGCUCUGCGGCCCCUACGACUACCACUCUUUCCACUACAGAAGCUCCGACUACCAUGACAUCAAAAGCUCCGACUACCAUGACCACAGAAGCACCGACUACCCAUCACAACACUACCAAUUCUACCACCGAAGUUCCAACAACCAAGCCUCACAUCCCCACCACAGAACCUCCAACCACCCCACACCAUAAUACAACUAAUUCCACCACCGAAGCGCCAACUACAGCGCCAACUACAGCGCAUACAAAUGCUACGACAGCACAGACCCCUCCUCCAACGACCCCUACUCCAACAACCCCCCAAGUCCCCAAACCGACUGUUGGAAACUACAAUGUCAGGCCUGACUUCAACUCCUCAGCCUGUCUUUUAGCAAAGAUGGGCCUGCAGUUCAGCUUCCAACCAAGUGGGAAUGCCAGCCGUCAGACUAUUAAUGUUGAUCCGAAUGUGACUGUAGCAACCGGGACCUGUGGAAGUGGUGGCAGUAACUCUUCUCUUGUGCUGAAGUCUGACAAAAUGACAGUUCAGUUUGUUUUCACAAAUGUUUCCGAAAAAUUCCGCCUGCAUGCUUUAGAGCUUUGGAUUGAUAUCGGACAGGGAAGCUUUUUCAACGAAUCCAAUACUAAUCUGUCUCUGUGGGAGGUGUCUAUUGGAAGCUCCUACAUGUGCAGAAAAGAGCAGACUUACAACAUCUCGGACAAGCUUACCAUCAACACAUUUGAUCUACAAGUGCAGCCUUUUGCAGUCCAGAAGAACGCAUUUAGCACAGCCCAUGAAUGUUCAAUGGAUGACAUCAGCCUCUUAAUCCCAAUCAUUGUUGGUGCCGUUCUGGCUGGUUUGAUUUUCAUUGUUGUGAUUGCAUACGUGAUUGGUCGACGAAGGACCUAUGUUGGAUAUCAGACACUGUAAUGCAACAAAAAUCACAAAAUCAAAUCCAAGGGACACCAAGCCUGUUCCUGGACCAUUGUAAAUAUUGUGGUAAUUGUAUAAUUAUGAUUGGCUACUGACUCUUGGUCACAGGAGUCCAAAUAUUUUUUGUGUUUGUGGUCGAUUAAUCCAUCAUCCUUAAAACUGCAACUGCAUUAGAAACCUGAAGAAACAGUGGCAGUCCAGGACCACGGCUUCAUAUCGAUAAUUAGUUUGUGUUUAUGAACCACUUUUUGUUUUUUGUGUGUGUGCUUUGACAAUUUUGAUUGUGAAGUGCAUGUUUUUUCCUUGUUAUCAGAGCUCUUAGAUGCAAUUUAGUGGUAUUACAUUAGUCCUGGCAUUUGCCAGUUAUCUUAUGCAACAACACGACCGUAUCAUCGAUACAUACCCCCCUUCCCCCAUGUGAACUGCAUCACACCCUCCAUCCUGUAGGCAUUCCUUUAAUGCUAUUGGUCAUUGUGAUAUUAAAUAAUUUGGCAUCUCUUUUUCAGUUGUCAUUGCGUCCACAGCCUAAAAUAUUUGGUUGAUCUAAAAUAGUUUAUAUUGAGAAGCAUUUCAGCAGGGAAGUCAAAUAUAAAAAGUAAUUUCUGGAACGUGUUGCACUAUAGUGAACUGACAGAUUGCCAUACCUCACAUUUAUUAAAAUCAAGUUGUUUUGAAAUAUGUUGGCAAUCUAUUAUUCAGAGCAGCUGUUGUGGAAACUCCAAAAAUAGUGGUCAAAACUAGACUGAUGGCCCUCUCAAACAAUAGAGCUUCUAGGACAGGGAAAAACAAAUGCUUAUAAAGUUUAAACAUUCACAAGCUUUUAAAAAAAGAAAUACAGACCGGUGUUAAAAAAAGUGCAAUGGCUUGUUUUCCCCAGAUAUAUUUAGUAAAAAGUGGUGUAUUCUGUUACUAAAUAUAUUGUGGGACGUUUUAUUUAAUUUAAAAGGGAUGGCUACAAAUUCAAGCAUGCGUAAGCUUUAAUCAUAGCUACUUUUCACAGUAUUUUCCACUUGCAUAACUAGUCUAAAAGAAAGAUACCGCUUAUGGCAUACUAUGAAUUAUACUUGCUGGAGGAUCGAUUUGUAAUAUCGUGUGGUGGUGGUGGCUGUGGAUGCAUUUUGUAUACAUGUGCACAUUUUGUUGCUUUAAUUUGAGUUAAAAAGCUUUUGCACAGUAUCGUUUCUUUAUAUUUUCAUUUCUUAAGCCUUUCUGAUUUACUUUGCCUGAUUGUCUUUGUUUUCUCCUCUGGUGAAUUCACUGUUCAUGCACAAGUCUAAUUUUGGCUAUGCACCUGCACAGAAUCUGGUUUGAAUCUCUUUUUUCCACUAUAACCAGAACGCAUUAAAACUUGGGAUGGUCAUUUGUGCCUUGCGUAAUAAAAUUGCUUCUAUCGCCAUCCAAUCAGUAACAUGAUUAGCUUUGUCAAUAAAGAGAAUUUAUUUCUUUUUCUUGAGCACAUUUGUGACAUUUUGCUAGUUUUUUGUGAAAAGGGAUUCUUGAUCUGACUGCCCUAAAACUUGAUGUGUGAUUUGCUGUUUUGCAAUGGAUUUGUCAAAGGUUUUAAUGGGCUUUUAGCUGCAAUAAACUGAGAAAUAUAAUUGUGUACACAUUAAAA